GCUGAGCACCUAAAGGAGGCGUUAUCUUCGGUCUUGCCGCAAUCGAAGCCCACCGGCAAUCAUUUGUUGGUGCGACCUGAGUUUGUGUCGCCGAGGUCGGAUAGACCAGCUCGAGGACGUGUUUGUACCCUUGGGCGUAUGACGCCCGCAGCAGCUAGGAGGGCGACGUCGGCGCCUUCUCCGACCGUGACUCCAUCGGAUGCAGCGGCUCUCUCACCGCCGCUGGAUGAGGCUGGGUCGGACGCCCCUUCUCCCCUUGCCUCGUCGGAUGAUCUGCAGGGCGGCUCUCCCGUGCCAGCGGCGAACGCAGCUGGGCAGCAGCCCAGCUUUUCUUCUUCGUUGCAUGCAGGGAAUCUCCAUGUACAUACGUACGGUGAUGCUGCUGACCUGCUGGGUGUUGCCGCUGCAUGCAAUGGGACGUUGCAGCUGCAGGGGCACCCGGCCAGGUCGGAUGACGCCCAGGACGCGGGGCAGCCUCCAAUUGCCCCGGCCAUCUCCAGGGCGGAAGGAGCUGGGCUGCAGCAGCUGCUGUCCUCCACGCCUUAUGGAGUGCAGCCUUCCGCUGGUAGCCCUCCCUCGCCUUCGACCGCCGACUCGAAGGGCGCGGAUGGUACGUCGGCUGCAAGUCCAGGGAGGGGGUCUACCUCGCCAUACCCUUCCCCGGUGACGGCUGUUCGGGCGGGUGCUACUCUUGGGGAUGGGACGGUGACCUCUCCUCCCCCUAAGGGCACCACCGCCAAAUGCUCGGUCCUUCAGACUCCGGCGCGGCGCAGUACGCGUCACAGACUCACCGCUGAUGGUGCUUCGGUCACGGACGAGGACUCCAUGGCCAAAGCCAUGCGCCGCAAGGCAUCGGUGAAUCUCGACAACGGAGGUCAUCUACAGGUCUACAGCUUUGCUCCGUUUAUGGUCGUCGCUUCAGCGUCUGGAGGACCGCGACCUCUUUACGGAGGUGUCUACACGGUUGGAGGAAACGGCCAAGUAUUUUACUACCCAACAUGAGUGGCUGCAUAAUCGAAGAAUAUUACCUCCAAACGUCUAGGAUUUUGUUUUAGUUCCAGAUCAAAUCUUUUUGUACUUUUCUUUUAUCACUGUGUGCGAACUUGAACGGCUGUGUGCAUCCCAGUUAUGCAGAGGCCGGGUGUAUUGCUUAAAGUUGAGUAAUAAAGCGCCCUUUAUU